AUGGCGGGUGCUAAUUACCUUGAAUGCAGUGUGGAUUUUGAAGACUGGGAGCACCAAGACUUAGAACCACCUCCACCCCAUUUAUUAGCCGAAGAAGAUGAAGUUGAAGAUGAGGAUGAAGAAGAAAACUAUGUCAGGAGGGUGACAAAUGUUAAUUAUGGCUCUCCUGUCGGAAAUUACUUGAUGGAUUGCGAAAAUCAGUCAGAAGCUUCUCAUAGUCUGAAGAAACAUUGCCUAGAUGAUGAAGGUGGUAAUGGUGACGACGACUUUAAUGACAGUGAAGGUGAUGGGAGUAGCUAUUGGGUAAUAAGAUUCAGCUGCCCUAUUAUACUGCUAGAUGUCAAGAAGGAGGAUGAUGAUCAUGAGAACCAUUACAAGGACAUGGAUAUUCCACUGAUGAUCUCAGGACUUAAUCUCUUCAUUCCCUUAAUCACGAAGCUUCUAAUAACUCUAUGGUUGUGCCUCCACUACUCUGGCUCUGUCGUCGAUACCGAGAGAGGCGAGGAGAGAGACGUCUUUGAUGUUGUUGGUAAUGUCGUAAGAGGUGAAAAGGGUGUUGCUCAUGGCAUGGAGAGCGAAGUUGUAGAGGAUGAUGGUGCCAAGGGAGCAGACGAUGACUCUUUUCAUAGGUUGGGUGACGGCUCAGUGGCUGGCGAUGCCGCUGGCAUGACUAAGGAACUAGGGAGAGGAAUGACACCAGCAACUCGCUGGACGAUGCCAGCAUUGAGUUUGACGACGCCAAUCCUCAGGAUGGGUUGGGCGUCGGGCCUGUUCUGGAUGUGCUGGGCGUUGGAUCUGGCUAGGUGUCACCAGUGGCCAUUAGGCAGCUUCUGGGUGACGCCACUAGACAACUUUUGGGCAACGCUUGGGCAACUUCAGGCAGAUGUCAAGACUGGUGUGGCUUUUGGGCGACACCUUGGGCAGUUGGUGCUGGUGUUGACUGGAGUUGGAGAUGACUAG